AUGUGGCCAGCCAAAAUCAUACCGGCCUUGUUUAGUGCCUUGCUAUGGCAAGCUAUUCUUCCGCCCGCUCACGUGGUCGAUGUCGUUGAGGUCACUACUCUUGUCGUUCAAGUAACUCGAGUCUAUUCUACUAUCACAGUCACUCAGACAGUCGGGACCCCUACCACCGCCAUCGAUCAUGCGCUUCCUAUAACUACUUCUACUCCUCUGCCUCCUGCUGCUCGUCCUAUGCUCGGCCCAUACAACUACCCGCCAUCUAACGAAUCCCUCGCUCAUGACCAAACUUCCAGCACUUCAUUGGUGUUAGAAGAAUGCGUCUACCUGCUCUCCUCGCUCGCCGUCCCGCAAUACUCCGUUCUGGACAUGAUCAUAGGCAUCUUCAUGGCGACUAGCUUGGUCUUAUUCGUUUGGAAAAUUCUAAUUCCCUUGAUCAAACUUCGAAUUCGCAACUUGAUAAGGAUUUGGCCUCGUACGAUGGAAUUCUUUUGCAUCACUGUACAAGUUAUCUUUGGCCUCGACGAAGAGGAUGUAUUGUGGGCCGCCUGGAUGACGUGCUACAAGUACUUUCUGGGAUGCAUCUUGAGAGCUCUCUGCGAGGUUGACCAGUCUGUCCGAAUGCUUUUUGGGUACAUCCAGAUCACGAAGCUCUCGAUUCAAGUGGUUUGCAUGCGUUGCGUUAUCUUCGCUUUCCAGAUAUUUGGAGUUGAUCUGAAGAAGGGCAAGCCCAAUGGAUGGGUAACGGAAGAGCGUCUCGCGCAAGCACAAAGUCAGUCCAAACCGGUCCUAUAUCAAGACUCUCCCAACAGUCUCAUGCUUGGCAACAAGUGCGUCGGCUAUCGAAGUACUAUCAUGGAACUUGUCCAUGAUAACAACUACUUCCGCCUCGUGCUCUGCAGUAUGCUGAACGCACACUACAAUAUCGCCAACGGCAAGCAGCCCAAUGCACUCGAUGGCGAUCAUCCAUACCGGACCACCCUCAUCAAGUUCAAUCCAGUCGCCGACAAGAAGACUGGUCUCUACAUCGGCUACAAGGGGGGCACACUUCGGAGAGAGGAUACACUGAACAAAGUGUACUGCGUCAACGUGGAAUCACUCGCAAAACGCAUUGAACACGAGCCUCACCGCAUGGCCGCCAUCCUCCAGCGCUGA